AUGUCGAAUGUGCAGGACAGAGUUGUACAGCAGCGUCUUCGCCGAUCUCACCCCAAAGCAGGAGCGCUGAAGAUGCAUAAUAUAAGGUUAAAACCAAGUCGCGAGAUGCUGGGCAAAACAACUUUGGUGGCUGGCUCUAGUGUCAAUUAUCCAGAGGUCAGUCCGACGAGACCACUCGAAAUUGAGACUGUCAUUGAUUGUGCUCGAUCAUUGGAUGUCCGAGUCGCAGAAGAACCCACCGCACUGGAUCGAUCACGAACGCACGUCCAUCUCCUUGGUGGCGCCCGGUACACAGAGUUUCCACUUGGAGCAACGCCAGUCCGCGUUGAGACUUCUUGUGUCUCAGCAACCUGCUACAGUUGCCUUUUUCGCUAUUUUGUCGGUCUUUCCAAGCUGGUCAGCUUUUUUGUUGCUACGGAUGUCGCGCCUCGCUUGCAUCCGAUCCGUCGUCCUGGUUGCAUUGGGUGCACCCCGACCCCUCAACAACAAUUCAACCACUCGAACCCUUCCCGAGCGCUCGAUCUCGUCAAGCUCCCGUCUAUUCCCAACCGGGAUACGAUUGGCACCAUUGCCGAACCGUGCAGCCCCCUCAAACAUCCGGAUCGACGCCAUGGCCAAGUGGACCCCAGCGCUUGCGCGGAAUCUGGAACCCGCCCGCUUCUACGGCACAAUUGUGGCAUCAGGAUUGGUGCUGGGGCUAGCCAAGAGCCCCUAGGAGGCGGCUCCUGGUUGAGGGCCAACAACAAUGGCAACACUGCUUUGGCGCAGCACAAUCGGUCUCGCCCAAUCCUUGUCCCCAAGCUGUGUCAUCGUCCUCCAUCUCCACACGGUCGAUUACGCAGGCUUAAGCCCCCACUGGGUUUGAAGCUGACUCAGCCCCAUCGUGGACGCAACGCAGGAGGUGAAUUCAAUGAUUACACAGUCGCUGGUCGAAAGAAAGCGCUCUUGCGCUCUUCGUCGUGGUCCGGAUAUUCACCGAAAUUCGACUUGCUCGUCAUGCAUACCCUGCCCCCAGCGCCUGGCUCUUGGGCAGGCGCCGAGUCGAUGCAGCGUUGGCUACAAGCCAAGAUCGAGGAGGACCGUCGCUGUCAAGAGGAAGAGAAGACCCGCCAGGAAACAAUGAAGCUGGAGCGGCGCAAGGUUGACCACGCGAUUCUCGUGGAUGCAUUACGUGCAGGUGUGCCACCGCAUCUAGCUCCACUGGUUCUUGGAGGUGUAGAUGGACCCGUCGAUGGAAAGGUUGCUACACCGGAGAUGUUACAAUAUAUGUCCGAUACGUCUCGGCAGUCCACGAUACCGACGCAUCACCCGCACGCACAGCCUGGCGCACAGCAACCUGCGACGCUUCCUUCGCUCAGUCAACAGUUCAGCACACCACCAGCGGGAAAUCUACGGGACAUGCGCACUGCGCCUUCCAAUGUAUAUGCAUCGCCUGCGCAACAUCAAUCACCGGCCAUCAGAAACGGUUCGUCUCAACAGCCAGCUGGUGGUCGUGGCCCAUACAUUUCGACCGUCAUUCCUUCAAAUAAUACGCCAGCUGGCAACCUUCCACGUCCGAUGGAAAUGAACGGGCAAAGCCGAUCAACAGCCGGAUCGCACACCAUGCAUUCCCUUGGUGCACCACGGCCACCGUCGAAUCCUCCCCAUCGCGGUCAACACGAGCCACGACCUCGGCGGGCCUCUCCAUCGAUCGCCUUCCAUCACUGGACUCCGCCCAGCCAGUUACAGUCCCAAGCCCUGUCAAAUAGGAUACAAGAGGACCACGUGCUACCAUCGAAUGGGUCGUCAGCGCAGGUGUGCUCCGAGAUACAAGGAUCUCCGGGUCGCAAGAGGAAAUCGCUGUCUGUUCAUCAUCAAUUGCCUCCACCGCCCUCUCGAUCCUCUGGUGCACCAGAGCCAAGCUCCCGGCAUGGCCGACACAGCCCGGCUGACAGUCAGUCCGGCCAGACUAGCCCACAAGGGGAUCCCCGACGGCAUAGCGAUGUAUCUAGUUCUCGGGACACUCCGGCUGCAGAAAAAGACCAAACCGACUAUCUUCGCGGUGCGGAGCCGACCCGAACUCAUUCGAACUCGUUGAAUACCACCGAAAAUGGCUCUCACGGACACAGGAGGCGAUCCACGGGUGAAAAUGCCACAUUUGAAGACGAUCACCGAGGGCCCGAUAGAGAACAUCGAAGGCAAUCAUCCUAUCGUGGACCGGUGCCAGAUACAAAAGACAACCCCGAUCCCGCACCGAACGCGAGGAACGGCACCGGAUCUAGUACAAUGACCGACUGGGGCGAUAGGGAAUAA